GAGUUCCCCUCCGACUGCCCUGAGUCGGGAUUCCUGAACCUGAACGGCAGGUACAAGGUGACACGGCAGAUCAACGUGACUCGAGCUUGUCAUCUGAUUGCCGUUCCCGGAACGGAGAUCCGGCUGUAUGAGCAGAUAUUCUUCCAGGCAGAUGCCACGUUCAGUGGCUCCUGGACUUUCAUCGGAGUGGAUCAUGUUGGAGCCCAGGCCCGCUGCGUGGACGUGGAAGGGGAGGCCCGGUUCCUCAACGCCACAGCGCACUUCACAAACUGCGGAGGUCCCUCAACGGAGGACGGAGGCGGCCUCUAUGCGGAGAAAUCCCUCGUGAUUCAAGAGAGUCAACUUGAGUUCCGGGAGUGUGAGGCGAUCUUCGGCGGGAGCAUCUUCGUGCAAAGGGGCCUGUACCUGAGCAAGUCGCACCUGAGCGUUUUCGACAGCAAAGCCGAGGAGUUUGGAGGAGGAAUCCACGUGGGGCGCUUCGAUGUCGACAACCGGAGCGCCGCAACGCUCCGGAACUGUGUGGCCGCUCAGGGAGGCGGUGGUGGCAUUGUGGUUAGCAAUGGCACAAUGAUCUCAGACGGCCACAUCUCCUUGUCGCACUGUGUGUCGGCCGAAGGAGGAGGCAUUGCGCUCCUGGGUUCUCAAGCGCACUUCUUGCAACGCCAGGGUUCCAUCGAGGUGCGGCAGAGCAGGUCCCGGUCGGCACAGGGAGGAUGCAUCCACGUUGACAGCAAGUUCGAGCAGCUCGUGGACGGCGUUGUGAUCCUGGAUGGCUGCGCCACUGCGAUGGGUGCAGGAGGAGGCCUCUCUGCGCGUGAGCUGAACCAGAAUGGCACACUUCAGAUCACGGACGCCACAGCCAUCGACGGAGGCGCCAUUUUUGUCGAGACGACCGCUCGGAUAGCAGGCCGCGUCAUGACCAGGAACACUACGGCCGAAGCUUAUGGGGGAAGCAUCCGAGCCGAGAUGAUGCUCUUGCUCUCGGGUGAGCUGCGAAUCCGUGACAGCAGCGCCUACUACUCAGGUGGUGCGCUGCACUUCACAAGCAUGAAAGUCGCAGGCGGAGUCGUUGAUAUCCAGAAUUCCUCGGCCAUGGAAUCCGGCGGUGCGAUCCACGUGAACUUACUCUUCUCGCAGUCGGGAGGGCGCAUGAUCAUCCAAGAUGCCAAAGCCCGCUGGGGUGGGGCCAUUCGCAGCUUCUGGUUUGGGCAGAAAGCGGGGAGCAUCACAGUCCGGCGAUGCCACUCCGAUGUCCCAGACCGAGCACCUGGAAUGGGAGGCGGCCUAAACCUACUAGGUGGCUUGUUCCAGGGCCAAGACGGUGUGAUGUACUUCGAAGAUGUCUGGACGAGCAGAAAUGGAGGCGCCAUCGCAUCAACCUUCAUCGUCUCCCGCGGCAACAUGACCUUCAAAGACGUUCAUGCAAGGGAGGAAGGCGGCGCCGUCUUCCUGCAUAAGCAUCGCUCAACUGUGGGACCAAAACAGAAGCGGUUCAAAGAAACUAUGGAGAAGCUGACAGAGGAUGCUGUCGAAUACGCGCUGGGUGGCAAAGCCAUCAGAGGCUACGGGGUGUACAGCAGCGACUAUCUCGCUCUCCCCGAGUCUCGGCACGUUUUCCAGAAGUGCACGGCGAGCUUAGGUGGCGCGAUCCACGCGGCAGGCGCCGUGCGGAUGAAAGGCCAUGUUGAAUUCCGUGAUGUCAUGGCGACGACUGUGCGGGGAGGAGCUGCUGUCACCAGUUGGCUUAUGACCUUGGACAAACCUGUGACGAUCAUCAAUGCCUCAGUGCCGAACGGAGGGGUGUUCUGUAUGCAACGGGCUUUCCGCGCUUCGAUGAUGACUUUCAUCAACGCGACGGCGCCGCAGAUCCAAUGUGCGACGCGAAUCCGGAUCACGGACGUCUCAGUAACAGGCACAACGGCUUCAUUGAUGGCGCCGACAAGGAAGAUCCAGAGAUUGACCUGUGACAACGGCUUGGAAGGAUACCUGGAUACGAUGGAGACGGGCUGCCACAGAUGCAGGCCGGGCUUCUUCCAACUUCAGGGUGGUCCUGAGAUCAGGAACGACAACCAGGUCAGCGGCCACCUCUGCAUCCAGGCGCCACAGGGAUCCGAGCAAAUCGAUCAAAUUCUUCAAAUCCGGCCGGGCUUCAUGGUGGCCAGAAGCAACCUGUCCACCAGCCUACGUUGUCCGAAUGUGAUGGCCUGCCCUGGGGGACAGCUCAUGGCAGACCAGGGAGUCAGGGACAUGUGCGAGCACGGCUACGAAGGUCACGGCUGCGUUAACUGCCAAAAGAGCAGCCAUGGCCGCGUAACAAACAACCCUUUCGCCUGCGCUGCCUGUGCCGAAAGGCCCUUUCGCAAGGUCUUUCAGUGGACCUGGUUCAUCCUCCAGAAUUCGGGAAUCUUUGCGAUAUCCGCAUCAGGUGUGCUGAUGGUCGAACAGGAGAGCUACAAGAGCACCAUCCUCACCAAUCAGCUCAUGUCCUACGUCACGGUGUCCCUGCCGGUGCUCACUGCCGUCAUGUACUCGCAGACGUUCCGGAACACGGCAGAAAUCGUUCAGGAAAUCUUGCACACCCUCCAGAUUCCCGUGGAGAUCGCGGAUUCGGGGGGAGGUGAAGGGCUAUCGGUUCAAUGCCUGCUGGGCUACAUCGGCCUGAAGAAAACACUCUACGGAACGGAUGUGGUCUUCGCUGCGACGGCCCUGUGUCUCAUGGCCAUUCUCGGAUGGCUCGUGGACUUUUGGUCGGCGGUGGUGGUUGGCUUCAACUGCUUCUUACCGAGGAUCUGUUUCUGCCUCGGGAGGCAUUUGGUGUGCUACCGCAUGCUGCCGCAGGCCCAGGGAGGUGAAAUGGUCUGCGGCUUUGAAGAGGACGCCCACAUCCCCAAGCCGAUGGCAUGUGUGAUGAUGGUUGUGUGCUUCGUGGUCGGCGCCGGCAUGUGGGCCGUGCUUCUCAGGUAUCGAGGCGAGAGCUCGAGCCCAGGUGUGAUGUACCUCACCAACGCAUAUACCAAGGAAUGCCGGAUGUGGGAGAUCACCGUCCUCCUGCGGAAAAUGGCACUCAUGGCCGUGAAUGCCAUCCUUCCCGUGACGCUACACGCUUCGAUGCAAAUGGAGUGCAUCAGCGUGAUCCUGCUGAUCUCACUGGUCAUGAACCACCGAUGCGCCCCCUACGUCUCGAAGGCCUGGAACAACGGGGAAAGCGUCCUCCUGGUAUUGGCCCUUGCGACCGUCUCCUUGACCUCCUGCUACAAAGCAAACGAAUUGGACUGGUCCCGCAGUGCCACCAACCAGAAGGUCAUGAUGAUCAUCAUCAUCUUGAUGGCAACAGGACCUGCAGUCAUUCUCGGGAUUCAGAUCACCAUUGCUCUCUAUCGGGAGUUGACGGAGGAGGUGCCAGCAGCGCCAGCGGAGUCCAAGGAGCCGAAAGCGGACUGA